AUGGCUGCAGUGGAAGACGAUGAGUGGGAGUACGAAUACGACGAUAAUGAGACCGAAGACUUCUACAUCCCAAUUGACCUAGCCAAUGUGCCUUCAGUCCAGGGCGCGCUUGGUCUUGGUGGCUCAACGCAAAGAGGUCAUCCGACGCUCCUGGCCACCAAAUUGAGGGCAAUUACUUCCGAACGGCGGGAUGCAGAAAGCAGUCUGGUCGUGCAGAAUGUUGAAGACGUAGGUGAAUCAGUCGGCAAGAUCCAGAUCAUAGGUCUUCACACAGAGAACCCUCUCAUGAUGUACAACGAUCAGCUGCUUAGCUGCGAGUGGAAUAAAACUAUCGGCACGGACCUCAUAUUCGCUAAGCCUGGAGCUAUCGUCGAAAAGGAGGGUAAAGCGUUGCGCUCUUUGCCGUCAGUGGAUCUUGUUGCGAUGGGUUCUGCAAAGCUCGUCGCGAGGGUUGCGCGAAUGCGGCCAAGAGAUGACCUUUUUGAUGAGGAUCCGAAAAUUGGUGAUCAGAGCUCUGCAGAAGCUAUGGACACUUCUGGUGCCGUCGAACCAGUCGUGCAAACUACUAGACCAGCGUCUUCGAGCUUCCUGGGACAGCUCAACGCCUUGAAGGCUAGACGUGGAGAGGCAUCCCGUUUGGCCUUGUCCGACGCACCUGGCGGACCACGCCUUGUGGCUGCAGAGGAAAGUGCCAGUAAUGCAGACACCGCAAACGAGGACAUUACCAUGAGCGGAAUCUGA